AUGGAUCCUCAAUCAUCAAGGCCGUCGCUACCACCGCUUCUCAUCCCUCCCUACUAUCCACCACCACCACCACCACCACCACCACCGCCGACUCCUCUAGUUCCUCGGCCACCAAUGCCGCCUUUACCUAUACAAAACCCUACUACAACAUCACCUCCACCGCCGGCUCCACUAGUUCCUCGGCCACCAAUGCCGCCUUUACCUAUACAAAACCCUACUACAGCAUCACCUCCACCGCCGGCUCCACUAGUUCCUCGGCCACCAAUGCCGCCUUUACCUAUACAAAACCCUACUACAACAUCACCUCCACCGCCGGCUCCACUAGUUCCUCGGCCACCAAUGCCGCCUUUACCUAUACAAAACCCUACUACAACAUCACCUCCACCGCCGGCUCCACUAGUUCCUCGGCCACCAAUGCCGCCUUUACCUAUACAAAACCCUACUACAACAUCGCCUCCGCCUCCGCCUCCAUCUCCUCCUCCGCUAUCCCCACUCGAAUUGAGGGAAAAGAUUCUCAAACAAAUCGAAUACUAUUUCAGUGAUGAGAAUCUUCUAAGAGAUGAUUUCUUGAAAAUGAGGAUGGACGAGAAUGGAUGGGUUCCGGUUCAAGUGGUCGUGAAUUUUCGACUAAUGACUGCAAUAACAAGGGAUAUUCCACUUAUUCUCUUCACCAUGAGAGGAUAUUCACAAAUCGUGGAAGUGAAGGGAAAGAAAUUGAGGCGACGUGAUACUUGGCACUUGUGGUUAAGUUUUUGGGACAAUGGCAAAUUCAUCUCUAGAAAUAAAGAAACUAAAUUGUAUUUUAUCUAA